AUGAACUCUCUCCGAGCUCUGCAGAGAAUUAAGCUUAUUCAGAACAACAUCAUCGCCAAACCCGCUGGACGAAUCAGUCAGUUCGCGACCAUGGCAGCCACCACGGAUGUGAAGAACUACAAGUUCAAUCACUCGAUGAUUCGAGUGAAGGACCCCAAGGCCUCAGUCAAGUUCUACGAGACGCUUGGUAUGAGUGUUAUCAAGCAGAUCAAGCAGCCCGAGGCCAAGUUUGACCUGUACUUCCUGGCCUACGACUCGCCCAAGGCUGCGUCCGCGGGUAACAGCACUUUUGAUCGUGAGGGCAUCAUUGAGUUGACGCACAACUACGGCACUGAAAACGAUCCCGAGUACAAGAUCAACAACGGCAACACCGAGCCCCACCGCGGUUUCGGUCACACGUGCAUCAGCGUCGACAACAUCCAAGCUGCGUGCCAGCGUCUCGAGGAUGCGGGCUACAGCUUCAAGAAGAAGCUGUCGGAUGGAAAGAUGCGUCACAUCGCGUUUGUCCUUGACCCCGACAACUACUGGGUUGAAAUUAUCGGCCAGAAACCGAUUGAGGAGACGGAGAGCAUCAAGGAGACUGACGUUGCCACCUACAGAAUGAACCACACCAUGCUCCGCGUCAAGGACCCCGAAAAGUCGCUCAAGUUCUACCAGGAAGUUCUGGGCAUGUCACUCAUCCGCAAGAACGAGGCCAGCGACUUCACGCUCUUCUUCUUGGCCUACGGCGGCCUCAAGGAGGGCGAGAGCCAGGCGCAGCGCGAGGGUAUCCUCGAACUCACCUGGAACCACGGCACAGAGAAGGACGAGACCUUCAGCUACCACAACGGCAACGACCAGCCACAGGGUUUUGGUCACAUCUGCGUCACUGUCGAUGAUAUCGACGCGGCUUGCGCGCGAUUCGAGGACUUGAAGUGCAACUGGAAGAAGCGUCUCACCGAUGGCCGCAUGAAAAAUGUUGCCUUCCUCCUGGACCCUGACAACUACUGGGUUGAGGUUGUUCAGAACGAGAAGUUUGCCGGCAAGGAUAACUUCUAG